CAUUAAACCUCACAUUUUAGUAUAUAUAUGCUUUCUUUUGCAUUUGGACUUGUCUAGGUAAAGAUGUAUAGGUUUAAUUAUAUCCAAUAUGACCAGAAUUAGGAUAUUGACUGAAUGUACCAAGGUAACAAUCUUUCAAUCUAGCUAGAAGGAUGAAUCCUCUGUAUGGUCUUCUCCUCACUUGUGGAGGAGGUUCUUCUUCAUUCUCUUAUAGUGGAACCCAUUCAAGUUCAUUCAUGUCAUCAAUACAGCUUUCAUGCAAGUCAGUGUCAUCCUUAUCAAUUAAAUCACCAAGUAACACAUCAUCACAUGAUGCAUCAGGUUCAUAGCAUGGUCUAGAAUGACGGGAUUAAGGAUUAUUGACAGGAGGACUGUUGAAAUGACGAUUGACGAAUGCUAACAGGUUGUUUAGAUUUAGACUUGGAUGGUGAAAGAUUAGCUUCCAUUGGCUUUGCGACUUUAGGACUAUUGACAUCUAUAAGAUCCCUAUUUGGGAAAGGAGUAGUGACAGGAGGAGCACCAUCACGGGGAAUAGGAGGACUAUGAAAUGUAGGAGACAGAUGAGAUGGAUCUUCAUUAUCAUUCCUGAUAGGUUCUGCAGAUUCCCUGAAUGGAAAUAUAUGUUCAUAGAAGGUAACAUCUCGAGAUAUAAGAAAAUCACGAGUAGUUAAAUCAAAUAGCUUGAAUGCCUUUAUACCAGCAGUUAAACCCAAGAAAAUACAUUAUCUUGAUCUUUCUCCAACUUUGGUCCUCCCAUUAGGUAGAGUUGUAACAUAUGCUAAGCAACCAAACACUCUCAAAUGUCCCAAAUAAGGAGGUGUGUUAUAUAUUACUUCAAAAUGGGGAUUUACUAUUUAAGAUAGGAGUAGGUAAUCUAUUAAUAAGGUAGAUGGCAUGAAGUACACAAUCACUCCAAGAAAUUCAAAGGAACACCUGAAUGAAAUCUAAAAGCUCUGGCAACAUUCAAAAUAUGUUGGUGUUUAUGCUCAACCCUCCCAUUUUGUUAGGUGUGUAAACACAAGACAUUUGAUGUUUAAUCUCCUUGCCUUAGAAGAAAUCACACAUGCAAAAUUCCUUACUUUGAUCACUCCUAAUGAUAUUGAUAGUUUUGCCAAAUUGUGUGUGAACUAAGGUAAAAAAUCCCAUAUACAAACCUCUAGCUUCUGAUUUAUAUUUCAUGAGAUAAAGUCACAUAGAUUGAGAGUGUUCAUCAACGAUAGUGAGGAAAUAGGUAAAACCAUCAUGAGAUGAACAGAAAUUGGUUCCCAAAUAUCCACAUGAAUAAGAGCAAAAACAUAUAGUGCAAUAUUGGUCUUGGAAGGAAGGUAAACGUUUCUGUCUAGACAAGUGAAAGUAUUCACAAUGCUUAACAUGUUCAACAGGAAUGUUUGAAUCACAUUUUUCAAUAAGCUAAAACCUAUUGGUACUAGGAUGACCCAAUCUCCAAUGCCACAAAUCUAUCUUGAAGUGAGCCUCCAGGGUGACCCAAAAUCACUAUCCUCGAAGUUGGAAGAAGGAUGCACCUCGCGUAAGCAAAAAGGGCGAAUGAGGUUAAAACCCUCGACCACAGACUUCAAUUCCCGACCAGGGAUCAUGAGCAGCACAGACCAGGGAUGGCGAAUGGAAGAACCCCGGGCAGCCAAGGUCCAAUUCUCUGACCGAGGAACAAAAUGAAGCGAUUGGGAAUUGGAAACAGAAGAGCCCCCGAUCAUUAAGGUGUUAUUCCUAGGUCGGGGAAUUGAUGAUCGACUGGGGAAUGGUUGCUUGCCGAGUUCAAAUUUCCUUUUGUGUUUAGGAUUCUUUUCCCCUUCUGUGUUGUGUUUAGUUUUUGUUUUCUUGGCCUAUUUAAAGGGGCCUUAGUAGAGUUUUUAAAGAGACUUUGAAGAUUAUUGAUUUUAUCCUUGUUCAUUGAGCUUUGGCUUGUGAAUUGGGCUUUGUAUCAAUUGAGUAUUCCCCUUGAUUGUGGUCAAGCUUCUAUCAUACAUUGACAAAGCCUUCUCCCAGGUGUGAAAUUGCACUUCAAUGUUACCUUUAUCCUAACCCUAAUAUCGCAUCUUCAAUUUGAGAUUGUGGCUGCGUGACUUUGGUAACUACAAGUGGAUUUUCGCUCGUAUCAUAUCUUUUGGGAGUCAAAGUUGUAGACAGAAGCAACUUGAGGAAGAACUUGUUGGUUUGAGAUGGUGGAAGAAGGUGAUAAAGUCCCCUAGUUUCAUUGGCAAAACAAAUCAUCUGGAUUGUGAUAAGGUCUUGGAUAUGACACAUAUCAGAUUUGAAAACAAACAAGACAGGAAGGUCAUGUGUGAGCUUACUGACAGAUACUAGGUUGAAUAUGAAGUUUGGAACCAGGAAGACAUUGUGCAGAAAAGACCAGUUAGCAGGUUAACUGACCUUAUAUGACUAACUUGAACCUUUGUUCGAUUAGGAAGAUAAACAUAGACAUAUGCUAUAGGAAUAAAUUUAGUGAAGAGUUGAAUGGAGCUUGCUAUGUGAUUUGAUGCAACAGUAUCAAGGAUCCAUGUUUGUUUUAAUGCAUUAUUGUGAUGAUUCAAGUAGGACGAUAAGACAUAUUUACCUGCAUGAUUUGAGAACUGUGGAAGGUAAUUGGUCACAGAAUGUGGUAGAUUAUUAAUGACAGGACUCUGAGGUGAAGUAGGUGAUGAAGAUGAACUUGGUAACUGCAAGAGUCCUCCAAUCUCUGCAUUUCUUCUAUAGUGAAACAAAAACUUGUCUAAGAAUGAGCACUUCCAAUUUCCAAAUUCAUCUGCAUGUCUCCAUCACUACUCUCAUCAUUUCUAGUAUUCUGACCAACAGAGCCAAUAAAUCAGCUAUUUCCUG